AUGGAUAGUAAUCAAUUAGAUCUUCAUUCAGCACCUAUUUAUAAAUUAUUUUUCGAUGAUAUUGAAGAAAUAUUUCUCAAUACAGUACCAUUUCGUUUUCUUUGCAUAGUAUCUUUAAUAACAUGUAUAUUCAUAAUCGGUACAUUAAUUCUUAUUUUCUAUCGAACAAAACAACUAUUUCUAGCAUGUCUUAUACCGUUUAUUUAUGCGUUAGUUUUCUAUGAUUUUAUUCAAUUAUUAUCAUUAAUUUUAUUAAAAUAUAAUGCAACUGAACAAUUUUUAAAUCAAUUAUGUCGUUGGCCAUACUAUUUGAAAUCGUCAUCGGAUGCUGGCCAAUGUUUAACAAUCAUAUUUAUUUUUAUUUUGAGUCGUCAUCAAAUACGCUAUUUCAUCACUCAUAAUCAUCUGCCCAAUUCAAGUUAUAUUCAUUCUCGUGCAUUAGCAUUCGCUUGUUUAUUGUUUAUUCUCUAUGUUAAUAAUUGGAUAACACAUUUAAAAGUUGAAAAAGUUCAUUUAGUAAUAUUAAAUAAAACUGAACAUGAAAUUAAUGUACAAGAAUUACCCAUAUCCUUAUAUGCUAUCGCACAAAUUCAAGUACGUUCACAUCAACGUUUUCUAGCUGAUCUUAAUCGAUAUUCUCAAGGUACAGAAAAAAAUAUGCUCACUCCAAAUCAACAAAAAGUGCCAAACGAUAAAAUAAUACGCAAUCAUAAUGAUGGGUCCAUACAUGAAAUAAUAAUUAAAUUUCCCUAUGAUUAUUUAUUUAAUCCAGUAAUAAAUCGAACAAGGCGAACAUCAGAAACUAUUCAACCAAAUCAUACAUUCAAUUCACAAUCCGAUGAAAAUGAAUACAAUAAUUCAUAUCGUAUAAGUCGUUGUACAUACGGACAAUCGAAUUUUUUCCUAACAAAUUUCCUUGGAUUAAUUAGUUCCAUAGGUUAUUUUACAUUGAUAUUAUAUUAUUUAACAAUUAUUUAUACAUAUAAAGUAACAGAUUCAAUGAUCAAUUAUCACAAACAAUUCUAUGAAAAGUCAUUUUCAUUGACAAGAAAAAAUGCCGUCAUACACCAUAAACAUUUUAUAUUGUUAAUACAUUUAAAAAAAUUUUUGUAUUUAAUUAUCUGUUCUCAUACGUUGAUUACAUUUAUUCGUCUUGUUUAUGUAUGUUUAUUAACAAUAAUGUUAUGUUUUUAUCAAACACCAUUUCGUUGGUUACCUAUAAAAAUAUUCUUCUAUUCACUUUUUUUAAUAAGUUAUCUUUCAAUACCAAUACGAAUGAUUCUAUUGUUUAUCUAUUGCUUUAUAAGUAUGUUUUCAACUCAGUUACGAUCGGUGAUCUAUUAUUUAUUCAAUACAAAUUUGCGUUUUUCGUGGAAAUUAGAAAAGCCAACAAUUUGUUUUCGAUUACAAUUCAUACCUUAUCAAGAUAAUUGCAAAGAUCGACGAGUUGAUCAAUCAGUAGUUAUUGACCUAUCGUCAUCAGUUAUUGACGAUCAAUCAAAUGUACUACCACAAGAUUCAAUGAUUAUGCCCAACGAAAGUAGUAGUAGCCAAAAUGGCUUUACUACAGCUAUUCUUACUGCACCAACGGCAAUCGUCGAUGAAUCAACACCGAAUCCAUCUGCUAUUGCUAAAUUGUGA